UGGACUCAUGAUGAGGUUCAUCAGUACCUGCAAAAUGAAGUGUUUCCAUUGGCAUUUGAAUAUGUCAAUUCAAAAGAAAAGGGGAAAGGAAUUGGCAUACCUUCUUGCCCAUGGGUUUUAAUAAGCAAGGAGAGGCUUCGAUAUGAGGUCGUAAAUGUCGACAAGCCCACCGGCAGCGAUCUUGCACGAUUCCGAGGCAGACCCAAGUGCCCUGUGAAAGAUGCCAACAUCAUCAUAGGUAAGAAGCUC